UGAUCAGACUGCAGUUGUAUUUGGGGGAAGUUGGCAGCUGGCGGCUCGCGGCGAAAGGCUUUCCUCUCUCUCCGGCGCUUGGACAGUGGAAUUAUGAGCAGAGCUGACCCAGCCUAUAUCACCCUGUCUUGAAUCUGUUUCACACCGAGAGAAAUUGAACCGACCAUGGAGAUUGGAGUCCGCAUCCUCUUGGCUUUCCUCGUCUUUCAGGUUGCCCGUGUGGGUAGCCAAGAGGAUGGAGGCCAUGAGGGCUGUGUACCUGGCUUCCAGGUCAAACACUACCAGGUGGCGUACGGUGGACCUUUCCAGAAAGGCCAGGCACUUCUACAAGUUGAAUUUGAUGACUGUGAGGGGAACGAAGAUGUUAAGUUUGAGGUAUCAGACCCCAGCUUCCAUGUGGAUGGAGAUCUGAAUCUGGUUCCUCAGCGAGAUGUCCUGUACAGCAGUCCAGUCCUGUUCAUCCAUGGGCUCAGUGGACAUGCCGAUGACAUGGCAAAGGUGGAAGUCACUGGACUGCCAGUUCAGCAGCCACAUUCUCUCAGGAAUAUCCUGGGUCUGGGCGAGAUGCUGCUGGACAGAUCGAAGAGGUCCUUGCUGGUUCCUCCCAUAAUCGUAACUGAGAACCUGAGAGCCCCCUUCCCCAGGAUCAUUGGCAAGUCUCAUCUGAUUUCAACAGAGAAGUCACAAAACCGCAUCUUCCGACUGACAGGCCCCGGGGCUGACCAGGAUCCCAAAGGUCUCUUCACCAUUGACAUAGACACAGGAGAAGUGUCAGUCAGCCGCUCACUGGACCGCGAGGCCAUUGACUCUUACCAGCUGGAGGUCUCAACAACAGACUUUGCUGGAAACAUUGUUGAGGGACCGGCCAUACUGGUGAUCACUGUCAUCGACCAAAAUGACAACCGGCCCAUCUUCAAAGAGACACGUUACACGGGAGAGGUGCUCGAAGGAUCCCCUACAGGAACCACAGUGAUGACGAUGAAGGCUUUCGAUGCGGACGACCCUGCUACAGAUAACGCCGCAUUGCGCUACAACAUCGUCAGGCAGUCACCAGACAAUCCUUCCUCAAGAAUGUUCACAAUUGAUGCAGAAAGAGGCGACAUUGUCACCGCCAUCUCCCCUGUGUUACUUGACAGAGAGACGCUGCCAACCACAACUUAUGAGUUAGAGAUUGUCGCCAAGGACAUGGCAGGAAGUGAGGUGGGCCUCACAGGAACAGCCACGGCCACCAUUACCAUCACAGACAAGAACGACCAUGCCCCUGAGUUCACACAUCCGCUGUUUGAGGCAUAUGUGAAUGAGGGCUCGACAGGUGUGGUGGUCAACCUGACCGUAGACGACAGAGAUGACCCAGCCACGGGAGCGGGGAGAGCUAUUUACUCUAUAAUUAACGGAGAUCCUACACAGAGCUUCGAGAUUCACACCAAUCCAGAUAACAACGAGGGAAUGCUUUCUGUUGUCAAGCCUCUGGACUACGAGGCCACGGCUUUCCACACCCUACUCAUCAAAGUAGAAAACGAAGAUCCUCUGGUUUCUCAUGUUGGCUAUGGACCAAGCUCCACGGCCACUGUCCACGUCACAGUCUUGGACAUCAAUGAGGGCCCCGUCUUCUUUCCCGACCCUCUGACUGUCAUCAGGAUGGAAAACAUUCCAGUGGGCAGUUUUGUGGCCUCACUCAACGCGACAGAUCCAGACAUAUUACAGAUGCAGAGUGUCAGGUAUGCUGUUCUGCGGGACCCAGCAGGCUGGCUGAGUGUGAACCCAGUCAGAGGGACUGUCAACACUUCGGCCUCGCUGGACCGUGAGUCUCCUUAUGUCCAUGACAAUAAAUACACAGCUGUCUUCAUCGCCACAGAUAACGGCAGCCCACCAGCCACAGGUACCGGCACACUGGUCAUUUAUCUGGAAGACUACAAUGACAAUGCCCCCUAUGUGGUACCAUCGGUAGCACGAGUGUGCGAAGACGCCCAUGAUAUGAAUGUGGCCAUAGUUGGUGGGCGGGACAAAGACCUCACACCCAACGCUGCACCAUUUAAAAUAGAACUGGGAAAACAGCCCGGCCUAGAUAAAACAUGGAAGGUUACCAGAGUCAAUUCCACACACUCCCAAAUCAUGCUCUUGCACAGUCUGAAGAAAGCCAACUACCAGCUCCCAUUGCUCAUCACCGACUCAGGGGUGCCCCCACUGUCCAACAGCACAGAGGUCAAAGUUCAGGUGUGUGUCUGUAAGAAGAACAAGAUGCACUGCAGCUCCGCCCACUCCCACCGCAUCAGCCUUCACGUGCUGCUCACAACCCUCCUGCUCGCCGUACUCUGCCUGUAGAUUCUGCUGAAACCUCCUGUAGUCCUUUUUGCAACACUGAACAGCAACGACUUAUCUCCCCCACGCAACCCAGGCUUAGGAGAGAAGAAGGAGACGAAAAAGAAGAUGAAGAAGCAAAGAGGAAUCUUCUCACCACAACAACUCAAACAAGAAAAUAGACACAAUCCCCACCGGCACAACUGCUAUAUAAUGUAUAACACCACUCUGCAUUUUUUUUUUCUUGAGUUUCUCACUUAUCUCCCUAGACUCUUGUCUUCUUCUCGUCAUCUUUACUUUCCUUGUUGCAUCUGUCCCUCCCCAUUCCAGUCAUUUCUCAUCUCCUUAUAUUUUCUUUACUGUAUUUGGCUCUUUGACUUCCUCUCCUUUCUGCAAUCCUUUCAGCAUCGAUUAUGCCAUUUUUGCUUUUACAGUUUUCAUUGUAUUCCAUUAUGGUACCACACCAUUACGCUGGCAGACAAAUGCUGGGUGUUAGCAGUAUUUGUGGCAACAUGCCACAUCUGUAGGAGAUACUUGAAACAACAUGUAUAUUGAUAUUGUAACAAAACUAAAGCUAUAAAUCAAUUUGAUAUUGGACCUCACCUCACUUCAUCUGAAAACUCUUGCUUCAUCCCCAGCUUUCUUUUCCUCCUCCUUCCCUGUUUUUCCUCUCACAGCUACCUCUGUUUUCUUUUUCCUUCCACCACUUCAUUCCUUCUUUCAACCCUCCCCGUGAUAUCAUCCAAUCUAUCUGCGUCUCCCUUUGUCUCCCCCUUCUAUCUUAUCGACCUCUCUCUGUCUCUCGGUGGGCCAGGGAACACUGCGAAGGCUGAGCUACUGUCCUGGUCGGGGGAGAGCAUUGACUUUUUGAUGUGUUCCUUUCUUUUCUCGUCUCAGACUGUGUUUGAUCUCGUUUCCCUCUUUAAGCAGAGGGAACAAAGCCUGUUUCUUUGUCUGAAGUGGUUGUGGUCUUUUAGGACAAGAUGGUAGCCAUAAGCCUUCAAAGUCAGAAACUCUCUGGAGUCCUUUCUUCGAUUUGCUUCUGUUUUUAUUGCAUUAGUUGUCAUGGAGUGGAAAACAGUAUAUCUUUAUAGUAACGGUGUAAACCUUAAAAAAAAAAAGUACAAUUAUAUAAAUAUUUUAUUUUUUACCAUUGUAUAAAUAUACAGUAUUGAUUAACUUAUGUACUUUGAUUGCAAGUUCUCUGGUCACCCACACAGUGAGUAAAUAAAAAAGAGGAAACGUUUUUCUGUGAAUUUUAGAACCUAUUUCUAAUGCUAUUGAUGUGUUGACUAUUUUAUUGUAACAUCUAUUUGUUUUGUUUGUUUUUCUAUUAUUAUUAUUUUUGAAAUCUGUGAUUAUUUGCAGAAUCAGGAGUCUUGCUUUGAUGACUGCCAUGUGUUUAGGUUCAAGUUUGUCUCCAGUCAGUUCUGCCCUCCCCUGUUCUCUCUUCAUCUGUCAUUACAAGUCACAAGAAGAUGUGUCAGAAGAAAACAAAGGCUGUGGUUUUGGUGGAUAGAUUCGCUUUUUUCUCUUGCGCUCAUCAAAAGAACGUAGUGUGUAUGGGUUUGUGUGGAAGACCAUCUUAAAGAAAAAGAUGACAUUUUGAAUGAGUUAUGUCUGUCUUUUGCACUAAUUUAAUAAAGCCGUUACUGAAAAUUCCCACAAUGCCGUUUUGCAACUUGUGUGUUCACUGAGAAGCUAUGGGCAAACAUUCGCCACAAGU